GUAGAUAUGGCGGCGCCGGGGGUUCUGGAAUCAGAUGUUCCAAGUGCAGUGACACUUUUGAAAAGCCUCCAGGAGCAGGUGAUGGCUGUAACUGCACAAGUACAAACACUAACAAAAAAAGUUCAAGGUGGAGCCUAUCCUACAGAGAAGGGUCUUAGCUUCUUAGAAGUAAAAGACCAGCUGCUGCUCAUGUACCUUAUGGAUCUGAGCCAUCUCAUCCUUGACAAAGCCUCUGGAGUAUCUCUUCAGGGACACGCUGCAGUUUUGAGACUGGUGGAGAUCCGCACGGUUUUGGAAAAACUUCGACCCUUGGACCAAAAACUAAAGUAUCAGAUUGACAAACUGGUCAAGACAGCAGUGACAGGCAGUCUUAGUGAGAAUGACCCACUUCGUUUUAAGCCCCAUCCUACCAAUAUGAUGAGCAAGUUGAGUUCUGAGGAUGAAGAGGAUGAUGAAACAGAGGCUGGCCAGUCUGAGGCUUCAGGGAAGAAAACUGCAAAAGGAGCAUCUAAGAAAUACGUUCCACCACGCUUGGUCCCAGUACAUUAUGAUGAAACAGAGGCUGAGCGGGAGAAAAAGCGCCUGGAACGAGCCAAGAGGCGGGCAUUGAGUAGCUCUGUCAUUCGUGAACUCAAGGAGCAGUACUCAGAUGCUCCAGAAGAAAUCCGUGACACUCGUCAUCCACAUGUCACUCGCCAGAGUCAGGAGGACCAGCACAGGAUUAACUAUGAGGAGAGCAUGAUGGUGCGCUUAAGUGUCAGUAAGCGAGAGAAAGGACGACGAAAACGAGCAAGUGUUAUGAGCUCACAGCUUCAUUCCCUCACGCACUUCAGUGACAUCAGUGCAUUGACGGGAGGAACUACUCAUCUUGAUGAGGAUCAGAAUCCUAUUAAGAAGCGGAAGAAGUUACCUAAGAAAGGUCGGAAGAAAAAAGGUUUCAGAAGGCGGCGGUGAUUAUGGGUGUCCAUAUUUAUGUAUCUUUUUGUCAACCUGGGAUACUUCUAAUUUUACUGUAUGUAGGUUUUUCCUUGGAAUGUUUGCUUUGGACAUUUGGAAAGAUUUUUUUACUAAUAAAAUUGAUUUUAC